AUCUUAUUAUGAGUUACCAAUUUCGUUUUUUUCUAAUCUCUUACGGUCAAUAUACCUAGGUUCCUGCCUAGAGGUAUUGGUGAUCCCCUGCUACAAGACACGGAAGCCUGUUAAGCGAAAGCUUCUCCUAUUCCGUCCACAACCAUUUGAACCAUUUGCUUUUCCAUUUCCACUUUUCCACCCCUCGAAAUCCCUCAGAUGGCAAGAAUCAUGGAAGAUUAGAUUGAAAAAUGCCUGAAAAAACGAGAUCAGUUGUUUUACCCUACAAUAUAUUGGGAAUACUUAUUAUUGGAAAAUGUACACAGUAUGAUGACGUGCGUUACUUAUGACUGUAAUUAUCAAUUUACGAUACUUAGAGUAUACUUGACCUCUAAAGGUCGUGACGCUGAAGAACGUAUAGUUUUUAAAUUCCACAAUAUAUUCUGCCCAAUUAUAAGUUUAUAACUGUUGUAUUUUAACAUUACCGUAACAUCUAUCUACCUCACUGUAAAGUUUACAAGAUAGGCACCUUCAGAAAUCUUCAAGAAAAUAUUUUCUCAGAAUCUGGUAGGUUUUCAAUCUAAUCAAAAAGCAGUUUUGACACCGGUAGACAAAAGCAGUAGUGUAUGCAUCACCUUUAAUUAAAUAAUGGGUCAUUCGGAUGAUGCUUCGCUAAAUUUACAUAACGUGUACAAUAAAUUCAAAGCAUGCGCAAAUGGUGAUAACGUUCUGCUCCCUGAGUAUUGUGAAGCAUAUACAGAGGUUUCUAACUCCACCGGAUGAACAAUUGAAGGUUAUUGCUCGGUCAGUGUACGACAAAACCCUCUCUCAAUAUCAUCCAUGGCCUAUUAGGAAAGCUGUUGGAGUUACUGUUUAUGCUCUUCCUACGCGGGAACAUUUGGUUCAUCAUAUCGUCCAAUCUCAACCCCCUGGGAGUGGUUUGCUUACAAAUGAACAAUGUGCAGAGUUUCUCAGUUCACAUGCUUUACCUGUAGUGCGCAAGGUAUAUGACUGUAUUCAAGCUAUUUUCGAGAAACACGAUAUGCUAAAUUUACCAUAGUUAUCUUGAUGUAUACUAUUUCAGAACUUAAUAUUGUUGUACUUCAAAAACAAUACUCAAAAAGAUAAGUCUUAAAGAAAUAAAAAUUAUUUUCGUAUGUAGAAGUUAUUUUGCUUUCGUUUUAUGUUAUAUUUCUAUAUUCUUAAUUUACGAUACUAUGUGGUUUCCAAUGACAGCAUAUUAGUCUUUAUAAAUUGGUUAAUUAUAACACUUCCUCACACAUUUAAAAAUCUCUAUCAUUUCUGGGAUUUUUAAACGUUGAUUCAAAUACCUUGCUUACAUUUUUAGUAGAUUCUGGUUUGUUUUGUACUCAGUUCUCUUCAAAACAUCUAAAAAUACUUAGAAACAAAUGAUGUUUUUCACUUAACUGUAUUUAUUGUAUCAUAAGUACAACUGUAACAAAGCAGACAAAUGU